UUUACAGAUAUAGUAUUAAAAUAAUUAAACCAUAAUGAUAAUUAGAAUCCAGUCAAAGGAUGGUACAAAACGGGUUGAGGUAACAUCUUCGGAGACGGUUACAUCAUUUCUUGGGAAGGUCGCGAAGGAAUUUGCUCUUGCAAAUGAAAAUUGGUGUUUGUUUCAAAAUCGUGACCGAACAAAUGAACUUAAAAAAGGGUCACGAUCAAAAUUGAGUAACAAAAAACUGAAACAUGGCGAUAUGUGUUAUCUUAUCUUCACUGACGGAAUGAACGUAGCUGGAGAUGGAGGCGUGGUUGAAAACGAAGCCCCGCCCAUAGUGAAAUUUACAGAGGACGAAAUUGACGUAGAAUUAUGGAAACAAGAUGGUAGGAUUCCGCAAAAUGAAAAGAGUUCUGUCAGAGGUGGAAUGUUUAAAAUCGAUGAUUUGCCGAUUAACCCAUGGGAUGAGUCAUAUCUCAAAUCGAAGGAUAUUAAGUUUUUAUCGUUUCAUGCAUACAUGCGCCAACAGACUUCUGGUGUGGACAAAGGGAAAUACUUUAAACUGGAAAGUACCAGAACUGCUUGCAAACUAGAAGGGAUUAGCGAAGAAAAAAGAUCUCUCCUCGACCUUCCAACGGCAAUCACUCUAAAUCAACAAAAAUUUCGUCAUGUUGAUAAUAUUAUGUUUGAAAAUCGAGAAGUCGCCGAUAGAUUCCUGAAUUAUUGGAGAAAUAGUGGAAACCAGAGAAUGGGAUUUAUGUAUGGAAGAUAUACUCAACAUAAGGAAGUACCACUCGGCAUUCGUGCAGAAGUUUGUGCAAUAUAUGAGCCACCACAGGAAAGCUCGGCUAACUCGCUGAAGAUCCUACCCGACCCUUACCAAGAGAUUGUGGAGAAAGUAGCGAAAGCACUUGGGCUCCAGAAAGUUGGUUGGAUCAUUUCAGACUUGGUUGCUGAGGAUAGAUCUAAAGGCACUGUGAAGCAUUUCCGUGACGCAGAAACUCAUUUCCUAACUGCCGAGGAAUGCAUCACUGCAGCAGCGUUUCAGAAUCAACACAGAAACCCAUGCAGACUCGCGAAAGAUGGAACCUAUGGAUCGAAAUUUGCUACGGUUGUUGUUUCGGGGGAUAAAGAACAUCAUAUCUCGUUUGAAGGAUAUCAAGUAUCAAACCAAUGCAUGGACCUUGUACGAGAUGGCUGCCUCAUUCCAACUCUCGAUGCCCCAGAACUUGGAUACAUUCGAGAAAGUUCUCAAGAAUUAUACGUUCCCGAUGUUUAUUAUAAAAUGAAAGAUGAAUACGGAAAUGAGAUCACAAAGCUGGCAAGGCCCUUGCCAUUGGCAUAUCUUCUUCUAAAUGUACCAGCAGCUUUUGCUAUUGAAACCCAAUACACCUGUAGCAAGCCAGGGAAUGAAUUUGCCAUCGAGAAUAGAGAAGCCCUUGGUGAAUUACAGAACAUGGAGGCAUUGGCUUCAUACUUUGACAACUCAUCUCCUGAUGAAUUCGUUCAAACUCUCUCAGAUUUUCAUUUUCUUGUUUUCCUAGCGAAGAUGGAUCAAAUGCAGUCAACCAUGGAUCAACUACUUGAAGCCGUUAAAGAGAGGAGCAGCGAGAAAGCGUUGGAAUGGAGCCAUAAUCCUGCGUGGAUGAGCUUGCAACAAGAAAUGCAUCACCAGGCAGCACAACCUUCCGGUAUGGACAUGGAUCCGGAACUCCGUGAAGCUAUUCAAAGAAGUUUAAGAGAGAAAUGAUAUUGCUGUCUAUGAAGAAGACAUUUUGUUCAAGGCACUGACCGUCACAGUUCAUUUUCAGCGACCAUUCUUUCAAAAGUUUAGUUUAUUAAUUUGUAAUUAAUUGCUGCAACAUUACAUUAAACUUAUGAAUAUUGCGAAAAUACAUUGCAUCACUAAGAAAUUUAAUUUAUGUGUACCGGAGUCGGUCGGGCUUCUAAUUUUAAUUUUCGAAAAAGCCGUGAUAGACAUUGUUAGAACAGUAUUUAGGCUUGAAGUGCAUCACUCACUAAGUAUCAAUUAAUUUCCUAAAAUGAUGUUGUGUGCCCCCCGUUUUUGAUAUAUACUGGAUAGAUAUAAGCAAUGUUUGAAUAAUAGUAUUAGCGUUAUUGUCUAGUCCGAAUUUUACUUGAACUCCUUCGAGCCUCGCAUCAAUAGACAUUUUCUCUACACAGUUCAUAACUAGCUCUUGGCAAUUUAGGGGUUUCCCUUACUUUUCUCCAAAAAAGAGGCUCCUUUCUUCUGAGUGAGAUAUGUGAUCAUGCUUUUGAGCUAUUUCUCUUAAAGAAAGUGAUGUGAAAUCUUGAUUUGUCUGUGUUUUUUCAGUGUAAGUAAGCAUAUAUACAAGUUCAAAUUGGUGUUUCAACAAAUAAAUCUUUAUUUCAUUCA